AUGCCAAUAGGGCGCAAUACCAGGAGGUAUAUUCAGCAGAUCACCACCCAGCCAAAAAGAUACAAGGCAGGCCCACGCCGAUUAUCUCUUUACCCCCACGAUGACGUCCUGGUAGUGACCAUGCUGGUCGCUAACUUCACCACCAGGAGAAUCCUCAUCAAUAAUGGCAACUCUGCGGACAUUCUCUUUUGGGAUGCCUUCACCUGGAUGGGGAUUGAUCCCUCCCGCUUGCAGCCGGUGCCCAUGCUGUUAAAAGGGUUUUCUGGGGAUAUGGUUCAGUUGGUGGGAAUCAUCACCCUUUCAGUCUUAAUUGGCAAAGCCCCAUACACCCCCUCCACCAUGGCCGACUUCAUAGUAGUGAAGGCCCUCUCAUCGUACAACAUCAUACUGGGGCGACCUACCCUCAAUAGCCUGAAGGCAGUGAUGUCAACCUACCACUUAAAGAUGAAAUUCUCAAACCCCAUGGGAGUAAGAGAGGUCCGGGGCAAGCAGAUGUUAGCACAAGACUUCUACGUGCAAGAGUUGAAGCUGCAGGGGGCGGGAUCCAUGUAG